AUGGUAAAUUGUCUUGUCAAAUCCUUCUGGCAUUCCAAGUUCUUCCUUCCGACAUUCCAAGUUCUUCCUUCCGACAUUCCAAGUUCUUCCUUCCGACAUUCCAAGUCCUUCCCGACAACUGGAAAAAAAUUUCCCGACAACUGGAAAAAAAAUUCCCGACAACUGGAAAAAAUUUUCCUGUUGUUCGUCCGUAAACCAUUCAAAUUUUCGAAAAUUGAGAACUUUUUGGUCGAACGACAGAAAAAAUUUUUCCUUCAGACAGGAAAAAAAUUUCCCGACAACUGGAAAAAAAUUUCCUUCCGACAUUCCGAGUCCUUCCUUCCAACAGGAAAAGUUCUUCCUUCCGACAGGACACAAACGAAUGUCCGACGUACCACCAACCGAGUCCAUUCCAAAGCCAGAAGAACCGAAAGCUGCAGCACCACAACAGACUAA